CAGUUCCAAUUGUUAAUCAUUUCAUUUUACUACAAUGUUUUGAUCGCAUAAAUUUUUAUUUUUAACAAAAUUUUAGAAAUUUUAGUGUCGUCCAAGUUUUUGCGGCUUUUAAUGUUUUUAAUAUACAAUUUGAAUUGAAAUUUUAACAAGAUGCAUACACAAAAAGAAUCUCACUGUUUAGCAAAAAGUCUUCAUCAACGAGAAUCCUAUUCUUUAGCGAAAAGUCCACAUCAAAAGUUAGAUUGGAGUCAGAUAAGUCCUUACGAUGUGAUUCAAAUGAAAAACUGUAAGCUAUUUAAAUUUCGCAAGAGCGAAAUGUAUCCCAGCAUUAGACCUCAUAUGGUGCUUGAUUGGAGCAAAAUUACACCCUGCGAUUUGAUGCGGUUGCAAAACUGCAAGGCUUUUGAUUUUAAAAAACGCGAAAGAUAUCCCAGUAUCAAGCCACCAGUGUCGCUUUGCGAUCCUGAGUGGACAGCUGAAUGGUUAGCAAAUGCUGUCGAAGAUCAGGGUUGUCGUAAGCUAUUCAACAUGGAGAACGACGACGUUGUAGAAAUAUGGAAACAAAGUCCACAAAAAGAUACGCUCGGCUUCUACGGAGUUGGCUCUGAUAUUCAGACACCGGAGGCCGUGCAAUAUAAUCAAGUGGUGUCCAAGUGCUUAAGAAAAGUUCGAGCCUCUAAAUUGAAGAAUAGAAAUAAUGUUUCUAAUAUCUAUAAAUUUUCACAAAAGCCUCCCAAGGCAUCCCGCAAUUUAAUACUCAAUCGCUGCUUGCUGGAGUCUAAACUGGCAGAGAUGCCAAAAGUUCAGCAAAACCUCCAUCCAAGCACAGCCCUCAAAUGGCUACAUUGCCCCAAUUCAACAUAUAAUCCAUUUGAAAAAACCCAACAUGGUUUUAAGCCUGUUUGUCAGGGAAAGUUUGCUGCUAGGAGGAAGCAAGUUUAUUGCAAUUUGAAGUAUGAAAUUCCUGAGAAGAGAUUCACAGAAUUUGAAUGGAUGAAAUACGGACAAGAUCCAAAUUUAAAUGAUGAAAAAUUCAAGAAGGAGAUGGAGCUAUUGGAAAGGGUUCUAGAUAACGAGCCAAAGAGCUACGAUGAGCUUUACUCUCAAUUGGUAUCUUGUUUUGAAAAGGAGUACAAUCGAGAUCCUCUAUCAGAGUCUUAUUAUAAGUGCUGUCAGCAAUAUUUAAAGAAUAAAGAGCAAUUUGGUUUCAGCGCAGAUGAUGGGGCAAGUGGAGGCGCAUUGGGAGAAGGUCUUGGCGGUGGAUAUGGUGACGAAUGGGAUCAAUCAAGUGGUGACAAAGCGAACGCUGUUAAAGGUGCAAAAAAUAUGGGUGUUAACUUUGGGGACUUCGGAUUAGCAUUGUCAAGUUCAGGACUCUUUAGAGAAGGUGGUGCACAAGCCGAAGAGUUUGGAACAGGAGACGCAGGCUUAGGAGGCUCUGGAAAUAUCAGCUCAAAAGGAGGUGCCAGCUCAAAAGCCCUAGAAAUAGGAGGCGCCAGCUCAAAAACUCUCGGAGCCACCAACUUAAAAGCUCUCGGACCCACCAGCUCAAAAGCCUUAGACCUAAAGGCCACAAGCUCAAAAGCCCUAGAAAUAGGAGGUGCCAGCUCAAAAACCUUAGGACUGGGAGGAACCAACUCUGGAAAUCUACAAGCGGCAGGUGCAAAAUCCGAAGGCUUUGGAGCAGCAGGUUUAAGUAGAGUUGAAGUUAAAAAAAAGCGAGGCAAAAGCAACUCUCGUGUUCCUGUUAAAGGCGAUAGAUCUUCUAAAAUGGGAGCUGCUGAUCACGGCGAUAUCAAGAAUAAAAAGAAAGGAGAGGCGAAGACUGAGAAGGCAGCAGGCAUUAAGAAGAAUGGGGUUAACCAUGUCGGAAAUAUGCUCGGUAAAGUGUCUAAAUCAAAAAAGGAAUCCAUAAAAAAAACAACUGUGGAAACGAAAACCAAAGCUACAACUAGUUUAAAUGAUCUUGAUAUAAUAGAGCAUAGAUUUCUCACUGAAGACAGGGAAUCUAGUGAUCCCUUAGUUUUACAUAAGUCGCUAGGUAAAUUGAAUUCAUUUUCGUCCGAUUUUCCCAGGGGAUCUUUAAGCUCAUCUUUAUUUUGGAAAAAAACAUCCAGCGAUACCGGAGAUGAAAAGCGCAAGGCCAAACGUAGAAAAACAAAAGAUACUAGUGUGAAAGGUGGUUCACGAAGAGGAGGUGUACUUAAGGGGAAAUCAAUAGAAAAACGAGGCAAAGGUAAACAUCAGAAAGAAGUCUCAUGCGAGGAACCGCUUCUCGAGCAAAAAGCAAAAAAUCCAAACGAAGACUGUCCUUGUGAGAUCUGCGAAUCUUUAUAUCAGCGCAAAAGUGACGCACCUUUUAUUGUUCAAAUGCUGCGAGAGCAAAAGCAGCGUCAAUUAAUCGAGUAUCACCAGCGAUUGUGUCGUCAGGCAAAUGAGUUGUGGCAACCGCCCAAUUAUCUAGCUCCACAGCACAAAUGCGAUGAUAUCGAGUGCGAGGAAUACUUCAACUUGAAUCCCAAAAUUGCCCAGCUCUUUGAUCGUUUGAAUGCUUUAAAGGAUUUACAAAAAUUGCUGUGUCCCAAACAUGACGACGAUAAAUAUCAGGUCUUCUUUAAAGUACAGAAUCUGAAGGAUCGCCUCUGCUGGCGUCUUAAUCAGUUGUUAUAAGCUGAACUUCGAAACAAACAUUUUAAUGUCAUUCUGUCGUUAGGUUUUAUUUGUUCUGUUUUAAUAAAACUUUAUUGUUUUAGGUUUUAAA